CUAAUUAAAAAAGAAAUACUAAUUUUCUCUUCUUUUAUAUAAUAACACUCAAUACUUCUUCUCUCUUUCUUCUUCUUCUCUUUCUGUCUUUUCGCUGUAACUGAGACGCAAAAUCUCUCUGAGUUGGAAAUGGCAGCUGAGAGUGAAAUGAAGAACGACGCCUCUGCUGAUUCGCCCACUUCGGUUCUCGAAGAUGAGGAGAAGUGCAAGGAAAAAACUGUGAUCGACUUAGAAAAGGAUAUCCUUUUAGAUGCAAAAAAUGGGGAUAUCUCUCUUUUAUCAAGAGCCAUGGCAGAGGAGGAAGAAAAGCUGUUGGAAGCUCGGGUAAAAGAAGAAGCUGAGCAAGGGAAGGAACCAGAAGAGGCACACUUAAAUGAUGCCCAGUUUACCAAGUUAGAUGAGCUUCUAACUCAAACACAACUCUAUUCAGAGUUCUUGCUGGAAAAAAUGGAUGAAAUUACUCGUAAUGGAGUGGAGCAUGAGACUGGGACUGAGACUGCUCAGAAAAAGAGAGGUCGCGGUAGCAAAAGAAAAGCUGCUGCGGAAUAUAAUUCUAGGAAGGCCACGAGGGCAGUUGCUGCAAUGCUGACAAGAUCUGAAGAAGUUGAAAAGACUGAAGAUGCAAAUCUGACUGAGGAAGAAAGACUUGAGAAAGAGCAGAGAGAACUAGUACCUCUAUUGACUGGAGGAAAGUUAAAAUCUUAUCAAAUCAAAGGUGUGAAGUGGUUGAUUUCCUUGUGGCAAAAUGGGCUUAAUGGAAUCCUUGCUGAUCAAAUGGGGCUUGGAAAAACUAUUCAAACAAUCAGCUUCCUUGCACACCUAAAGGGGAAUGGCUUAGAUGGCCCUUAUUUAGUAAUUGCUCCUCUUUCUACUCUUUCAAAUUGGGUAAAUGAGAUUUCAAGGUUUGCACCCUCAAUGAAUGCAAUUAUCUACCACGGCGACAAGAAACAAAGGGAUGAGUUAAGGAGAAAACACAUGCCUAGAUCUAUUGGCUCCAAGUUUCCCAUAAUCAUUACUUCUUAUGAGAUUGCAUUAUCUGAUGCAAAAAAGUAUUUGAGGCAUUUCAAUUGGAAAUAUGUUGUGGUGGAUGAGGGGCACCGAUUGAAAAACUCAAAAUGCAAACUGCUAAAGGAGUUGAAAUACAUACCUAUGGAAAAUAAGCUUCUGUUAACUGGGACGCCUCUGCAGAACAAUUUGGCUGAGCUUUGGUCACUGCUUAAUUUCAUUUUGCCUGAUAUUUUCCAAUCCCAUGAGGAAUUUGAGUCAUGGUUUGAUCUUUCAGGAAAGGCCAGUAGCGAAUCAAUGGAGGAAGUGGAAGAGAAGAGAAAAGCUCAGGUCAUAGCUAAACUUCAUGGCAUUUUACGCCCAUUUCUCCUUAGGAGAUUGAAGGCUGAUGUCGAGCAGAUGCUCCCUCGGAAAAAGGAGAUUAUUUUAUAUGCUACCUUGACUGAGCAUCAAAAGAACUUCCAGGAUCAUUUGAUUAACAAGACUUUGGAGAAACAUUUGCGGGAGAAGAUAGGACAUGGUAUGAAAGGAAAGCUCAACAAUUUGAUGAUUCAGCUACGAAAGAACUGCAACCACCCUGAUCUCUUAGAGUCUGCUUUUGAUGGCUCAAAUUUCUACCCACCUGUGGAGCAAAUAGUUGAGCAGUGUGGCAAGUUCAGGUUGCUUGAAAGAUUGUUGAAUAGGUUAUUUGCACUAAAGCACAAAGUUCUGAUAUUUAGCCAGUGGACUAAGAUUCUAGAUAUUAUGGAUUAUUAUUUUAGUGAAAAAGGACUUGAAGUUUGCAGAAUUGAUGGCAGUGUGAAGUUGGAUGAAAGGAAAAGACAGAUCGAGGAAUUCAAUAAUGUAGACAGCAAUUAUAGAAUAUUUCUUCUCAGCACUAGAGCUGGUGGAUUGGGUAUCAACCUUACUGCAGCUGAUACCUGUAUACUGUAUGACAGUGACUGGAACCCUCAAAUGGAUUUGCAGGCCAUGGAUCGAUGUCACAGAAUUGGUCAGACUAAGCCUGUUCAUGUAUAUAGGCUUGCAACUGCUCAAUCUGUUGAGGGUCGCAUUUUGAAAAGAGCAUUUAGUAAGUUGAAGCUUGAGCAUGUGGUCAUUGGGAAGGGGCAGUUUCAUCAAGAAAGAAUGAAGUCUAACAGCAUCGUGGACAUGGAGGAAGAGGACAUACUAGCACUGCUUCGAAAUGAAGAAACUGCUGAAGACAAAUUGAUACAGACAGAUAUCAGUGAUGAAGAUUUGGAAAGGAUCUUGGAUCGUAGUGACCUGGUUGGAAACUUGGCAGAUGACAAAGAAAAUGAUGCUGUAAUGGAUGCAAUCCCGCUUAAAGGGCCUGGUUGGGAGGUGGUAAUUCCCACUGCAACAGGGGGCAUGCUGUCCACCCUUAGCAGUUAGAGAUGCCUGGAGGGUUAGGAUUUGUGCACCAAUUUUGGAUGUUUUGAUAUUUUUGGGGUUCACCGCGGAGGUGCUAAUUCUUUUCCCUCUAAUUUUUUGAGAGCAGAAUAUUGCUCUGGGAAGUCUUCCAUUUUGCAAAUAUUCAGGAAGGCUAGGCCUUUGGGAGGGGAACUAAUUUUUGUAAUAUAUCUGAUGUAUUCUUACCCUCAGAUACCAAACCCAGAAGCUUGAAAUAGGUGUUGUGAAUGCAUAUCUAAGAUGAACUCUUGUAGUGUCAGGAAUUGUUAUGAAUGAUUAUCUUUCUCAGCAGCUUGUGGCUGUAAAUUUGUGAACUGCCAAUUGUUUGUUCUAAUGGUUGGGCUUCAGCGGAGUAA